AUGGCGGGCGCGCAGCCCCUAAGCAGUGGGAAUGUGCUGGGCCGCUCCCGAGGGAUGACCCCGCUCGGACCCCCGGCUCCGCCGCUUGGUCCCUGCACUGCAUCCCGGCGGGCUCCCCCUUCUAGGACCACGAGCGCCCCGACUACACGGCUGAGAGGGAGGAGGCCGGGGGAGCAGCGAGAGCCGGAGCGCCCACGGCCGCGGGAGGGGCCGGAGCGAGCCCGGGCUCAUCACCCGCACCUGCGGCCCCGCAGCCACCUGCCCCGCGUGCCCUCCUUCGGGCCUCGCGGGAAUGGGAUGCGCUACGUGGCCAGCCCCGCCCGGCGCAACGGGAUCUUCAGCGGGACCCCCGCCCCCCACAAACCCCCUGCGCCCCCCGCGGCACUGAGAGCCCCCGCCCCCGGCUCCCGGCGCCCCAUGCAGGACCACGCCCCGCACCAACUCCGCGAGGUGCUCGGUAGAGGUGCCCGCCAGACCUCCCCACGCAGGAAUACGCCCCUCACCAACUCCGAGGCUGAGGACUACGCUCUGUCCAGGAACCCCAAAGUAGAGGCACGACCCCUCAACAGAUCCUGGACUCUCCAUCUCAUCUGGCUCAUCAUGAAAGGUCACCCUUCCCCUAAAGAUAAGUCUUCCCCAGGUUGGCAGGAGUUCUGUGAAUCUGCGGCUCGAGAAGUGGCCCUGGACUGUGCCCGACGCUUUCACCUCUACUGGGCUUGCCAUCUCCAAUACUCUGGGGAUGAGGCAGCCUUCUCCCAACACUUUGCUCAGCUCUUCUUGCAGCACUUUGAGGUGGAGGUGGCCCGGACCUCAGGUUCCCUUUUAUCAUCUGGUCGGAUGCGCCUUAGUCCUGGUGAGGAAACCCCAUCAAGUGGUCCUUCCCUGCAGAGCUGUGGGAACAGUGAGCCUCUGACUGUGUGGGGUCGUUCUCGAUCCUCUGAAGACCUGGCUGGCUCUCUCCCUCCCCUGAUGGCUUCAAACAACUCAAAACCGGAGCUGAAGAAACGCUUCUCCCUGAGCUCAUUUGGCCGCUCAGUCCGAGAGAUCUUCCAAUGGCGGGGAGCUGGUGAACCCCCCUCUGCAGUAGGACCUUUGGAGAGCUCUGCCUCUGGGCCACCUGGCCUGGGUGGGGGUGGUAGCACCUGUGAGGGGCCAACUAGGCGUGGGGCAUCCCCUGGGGAAAGCUUUGAGAUGGUGAUAAUAAGUAGGGGAGGGGGACCCUUGGAGACCUCAGCCUCUGGGCCACCUGUCCUGGAUGAAAACAGCAACUCCCACUCCUCCAGUGAGGAUGGUAGCAUCACUGAGGGGCCAACUACUGGUGGGGCAUCCCCUGGAGAAAGUGUUGAGAUGGUGAUAAUAAGUAGGGGAGGGGGGCCCUUGGAGACCUCAGCCUCUGGGCCACCUGUCCUGGAUGAAAACAGCAACUCCCACUCCUCCGGUGAGGAUGGUAGCAUCACUGAGGGGCCAACUACUGGUGGGGCAUCACCUGGAGAAAGCUUUGAGAUGGAAACACAAAUUAUGGGAGGGGGACCCUUGGAGAUGUCUGCCUCUGGGCCACCUGUCCUGGAUGAAAACAACAACUCCCACUCCUCUGGUGGAGGGGUUAGCACCAGUGAGGGGCCAACUACUGGUGGGGCAUUUCCUGCGGAAAGCUUUGAGAUGGAGACACUAAGUAGGGGAGGGGGACCCUCGGAGAUGUCCGCUUCCAGGCCACCUGUACUGGGUGGUGGUGCUAGCACCGGUGAGGGGCCAACUAGUGGUGGGGCAUCCCCUGGAAAAAGCGUUGAGAUGGAGACACUAAGUAGGGGAGGGGGACUCUCGGAGACAUCUGCUUCCAGGCCACCUGUACUGGGUGGUGGUGCUAGCACCGGUGAGAGGCCAGAUAUCUGUGGGGCAUCCCCUGGAGCAAGCUUUGAGAUUGUGAUACUAAAUAGGGAAGGGGAACCCUUGAGGGAUUGUUCAGGGACAGUGCACAGACAGGACCUCUCCUUGAGAUCUAGUGAGAGCAGUGAGGACCUGCCUCAGGGAGCCUGUGGGGGCCUCUCAGAUCUUCCCUCAGCUUCUGUCUCCCCCAGCUCUACCUCCAUUGCUGCCUUCCAUUAUGAGUCAAUGGAACCAAUACCCCCCGAGGUGCCUCCCCGGGUCCCUAUGAAAAAGGAGCCUCCAGUGGGGAAAACUUACCCCCCACCAGCCCCUUUUGCUCAAGACACCACAGGUUCGGGGUUCUUGUCUCGGGAGGAGUCAGGUGGAGAUGAAAGCGACGACCUCCUUUCAGAGUACCCUUGGUUCCAUGGGGACCUCCCUCGACUCCAAGCUGACCAGCUAGUGCUGGAAGGAGGUGUUGGCAGCCAAGGUGUCUACCUCGUACGUAAGAGCCAGACAAAGAGGGGACUGUAUGUCCUCACAUUAAACUUCCAGGGCAAGGCCAAGCACCUCAUCAUGUCCCUGAACAAGUUUGGUUGUUGCAGGGUGCUGGACCUCUUUUUCGAAACAGUCUCUAGUAUGCUGGUACAUUUCCGGGUCCACCCUAUUCCCCUGAAGACUGACCCCUGCAUCAAAGUUACCCUCACCAGCUAUGUUAUGACCACCCGGCGGCUAAAAGGCAGGGAACAGGGAGGGGGGAUGGGCCUGUUGUUAGAAGAAAGACCAGAGCCCAGCCAGAACAAGGCAGAGUUAGAAGUAGAGGACAAUACAGACCAUGGGUUGAGGAGAGUCCCAACCUAA